GGGAAUCCAGCCGGCCGUGCGCACGCCGUGCCAGUUUAGCUCUCUGCCUCGCCUUCCCCAGGCUCCCAAGGUAGCGGGCAGUGCUGUAGGGAGGCGCUGUGUCCUGCCCUGAGGGGGCGAAGGCCGCCCAAGGGUGCCUAGGCGUCCAGCUCCAGGAAAAGGAAGCCAAGCCGCCCAAGUGACUGGUCCUGCAGCUGCCCUCUCCCAAGGGAGCUCCGAGAGUCCGGGGCCCUUUUCCUGGGGCCUGUCCGUUUUAAACAAUCCUUAGCAAUUAAGCAGCGGGGCGCCACCGCUUCUCUGGAGACCUGACCUGAGAUUCCUUCCUCAAACCCGUUAGGGCGAGUUUUGCGCCCGCCCGGGAGAGGCUCUGCGGGCGGCGCGCUUCCCCGAGCAUCGAGCAUCGCGGAGCCUGUGCCUGUAGAAGUCCACUUUCUGAGCUCCCCAAGAGAGACAACGCUAAGGCGAGGGCGUUGAAAGAGCUGCUGAAUAGUCAGGGGCUUGGAGGAGCAAGACAUGUAUUUUCAGCUGCAUCUCAGAAGGGGAAAAAUUCCCUGUCAUCACCCCAGAGGAUCGACCCUGAAAUGUGACUGCGAUUGACUGGCAAGGCAGAGGCCUGGGUGACUCUAGGUUGAUGACAGAAUACACUAAAAAGCCAGUGCUUUCCUUGAGGGAAUCUGGGGAUGAGCUGGUACCGGUGACAGUGACCUGGAGCAAGGAAGUGAGAAGACAACUGUAGGAAGCAAGAGAGAUCUUGCCCCGGGCUGAUGCCACUUGCCAAGAGGAAGCUCCUGCCACACACACCCUCUGAUGGGAUGCUGUGAGGCCCUCCACCCUGGGGAGUACCAGGGGCUGGGGCUGGGCCUGGGCUGCCGGUGAGGACUCCCGGAAGUCACACUGACCCCUUCUCCUUGCUUCCUGCUUGAGGGGCACCAAGCCCUGAUGUACAUUCCUUCUGGAAGAUGACUCUGAACACUUCCAGCAUGGAUGAGGCCGGUCUGGCCGUGGAGAGGGACUUCUCCUUCCGCAUCCUGACAGCCUGUUUCCUGUCACUGCUCAUCCUGUCCACUCUGCUGGGCAAUACACUGGUCUGUGCUGCCGUCAUCAGGUUCCGGCACCUGCGGUCCAAAGUGACCAACUUCUUUGUCAUUUCCUUAGCUGUGUCAGAUCUCUUGGUGGCUGUCUUGGUCAUGCCCUGGAAAGCUGUGGCUGAGAUUGCUGGCUUCUGGCCCUUCGGGUCCUUCUGUAACAUUUGGGUAGCCUUUGACAUCAUGUGCUCUACCGCGUCCAUCCUCAACCUCUGUGUGAUCAGCGUGGACAGGUAUUGGGCCAUCUCCAGCCCCUUCCAGUAUGAGCGGAAGAUGACCCCCAAGGCAGCCUUCAUUCUGAUCAGUGUAGCAUGGACUUUGUCUGUUCUCAUCUCCUUCAUCCCUGUGCAGCUCAGCUGGCACAAGGCAAAACCCACAAGCCCCUCUGAUGGGAACGCUACUUUCCUGGAAGAGACCACAGACAACUGUGACACCAGACUGAGCAGGACCUAUGCCAUUUCAUCCUCCCUAAUAAGCUUUUACAUCCCGGUGGCCAUCAUGAUUGUCACCUAUACCAGUAUCUACAGGAUUGCCCAGAAACAAAUACGACGCAUCUCAGCCUUGGAGAGGGCAGCCGUGCAUGCCAAGAAUUGCCAGACCACCGCAGGUAAUGGGAACCCUGUCGAAUGUUCUCAGUCAGAGAGCUCCUUUAAGAUGUCCUUCAAAAGAGAGACUAAAGUUUUGAAGACUCUGUCUGUGAUCAUGGGGGUGUUUGUGUGCUGCUGGCUCCCUUUCUUCAUCUCGAACUGUAUGGUGCCAUUCUGUGAGUCAGGGGAGACUCAGCCCUUCUGCAUUGAUUCCAUCACCUUUGAUGUGUUUGUGUGGUUUGGGUGGGCUAAUUCUUCCUUGAAUCCCAUCAUUUAUGCCUUUAAUGCUGAUUUUCAGAAGGCAUUUUCAACUCUCUUAGGAUGCUACAGACUUUGCCCUACAACAAAUAAUGCCAUAGAGACAGUCAGCAUCAAUAACAAUGGGGCUGUGGUGUUUUCCAGCCAUCAUGAGCCACGAGGCUCUAUCUCCAAGGAGUGUAAUCUGGUUUACCUGAUCCCACAUGCAGUAGGUUCCUCUGAGGACCUGAAAAAGGAGGAGGCAGGUGGAAUAGCCAAACCCUUGGAGAAGCUGUCCCCAGCCCUUUCAGUCAUAUUGGAUUAUGACACAGAUGUCUCUCUAGAGAAAAUCCAGCCCAUCACACACAAUGGACAGCACCCAACCUGAACUCCUAGAGGAAUCCUGUCAUGCAAAUGCUACAGAGAUUUCUUUGGGGCUUGCUCUUAGAAAUCAAGGUCUGAUGAGACAGUGAGAUGUCAGGAGAUUCCUUUGCUGCUUUCAAACAGACAACUAAGUAUAUUUUCAAAUACAUUCCAGUGUAUUUUCUGUUAUUCAUAGUCCAUCGAAUAGGGACAUACGGGAAGCCACGAGGGACAUGUCUUAGACUCCAAAAUCAUUUUGAAAUUUGUCUCAUGACAUGAACAACUUCACUUAAAAAUCAAACCUUUCUGGAAAGGAAAUGAGAAGGGUUGCGUUUGCUGUAUACACACAGGUGCUAAAACUGUUCCAAGCAAAGUUUUCAGAUUGUCAAGGUAGGUGCAUGCCUUCAUAAAUUAUUUCUAAGAAAAUGAGCCUUACAGUAGGAAUGGGAAUUUUUUUCAGAAUUGAGAAAUGCUUUGUUGAUAUUGAUUUUAUUUAUUUAUUGUAUUAUAUGUAUAUUUUAAAUUUAUCAUAAUAAAUCUAUAUUUAUCAUAUUUAAUAGGCUAAACAAUGAGUUAUCUGAGAUUGAGCUGCCCAUUGAACUAGCACUUUAUAAGCCAAUGAAACAAACACACAGACUCUGAUUCUAAAUGUUCAUGAAUAGCUUCUAGAAACACAGAAAAGGCUGAUAGGAAAUAAAGUUGUGAUGAUUUCUUAAAAUAUACUACCAUAAAUAAAUACAAGGUGAGAAUUGACAAAUGCUGUGAAUGCUUUUUUUCCCCCUAAAAUGAUUUUGGAAAUUAAAAAAAAGCAUAGCUACUAUUGUGUUCUAAAUGUUUUAAAUGGCAAAGUCUUUUCCCAGGAGAAUUUGCAGUUCUGUAAAUAUCUUACAUAAAAUCCAGUUUAAGAAGAACACAACUUUGCAUUUAUGAUCUUAAGUGGUAAGGAAAAGUAUAUGGCACUUUGUAUUUAUGUAAAAUAAUUGGCCCUUUCUGUCUUUUCUCAUUUCAUGCUUCAUAUAGCUUUUCUGAACCAAACAAAUGGCUGUCCUGGACAGAGACAUGUAGCAAGGACAGUGAGUUUCCUUAAUUCUGGAGCCACAGUAGCUCCACUGAUGGACUAAGCUCAAACCCUGUGUCCUUGUCUUUCCAGCUCAAACCAAGCCACUCAGUGGGGCUAAUUUUGUAGUGCUUUAACCUGAACUUAGAACUGAUUUUUAAAAAAUGGUCUUUAAAUGUUAAUGGUAUGCUAAUUAAUAAAUAGUGCCUCAUUAUCCUCAAAGAAGAUACAGUACUUUUGUUGAUAGAAAGAAUGAGAGACCCCGUUCUCUUCGGGUGUGUUAAGCAACCCCAAAGCUAUCAGCAUCUCUCUGACAAAUGCCGUUUCUUUCUCUGUGCUUUGGAAUCAGGUUCCCAUGUCAUAGCAUGGACUGUAAAAAGUACCAUCAGCCUCCCUUGCCAGAUACUAAUUCAUGUCGGGUAUUUCAACAGAGCUUUUUUUUUUUAAUGUUUACAAGGUAGUAUUCUUGAUAAGCAAUUGACUUAACAUGUAGAUGAAAUUGGUAAAAAGAACAAAAAUCUGCUGAAGAAUAUUUCCUGGGUCAGGUCUGUGCUAUAUAUGUAUUGUGAAUGUUUUCUUAAUUUUUCUGCCUGUAUGCUUUCUUACAU